AUGGCCCCCAUCUCGGUGACCGCGCGGCCGAAGAACGAAGGCGCCGCCGUCACCGCAGCCACCUCGAAGAACCUGCCAUAUCUUGACCACCUCGCCGCAGAGCUACAAAUCGAGAUCGCGAAGAAUCUUGACAAGGAGGAUCUUCGCGCAAUGCGCCGCGUCAGCCGCUCGCUGGCUGAGAAUACCUUCGAUGUCUUUGCGGAGAAGAACUUCACGAACCUCUCUUGCCGCUUCACGACGCGAUCUCUGAAGAUCACACGCGAUAUCAGCGCCACGCCUCAAUUCGCUCGACGUGUGAAGAAGAUGGAGGUCUGUGCUGGAUAUGGCUACAAGACGGAGCUUGAGAGGCUCGCGUUCGUUCCCGAAUUUGUGUUUGAAGGCCGAGCCUCGCAGCUACAUGAGCUUGAGGAUGUGCGAACACAAAAGACGAAUGAUGCGCUACUCAAGGACAUCUUCUCCAACUUCGCUAGAUGUGGUACGGCGAAGUGUGUCAGACUGAGCGUAACUGAGGACGUCUUUCUUCCAGCCAUGCAUACUCUGGCAAUCGCGGCGAACACGUCUGGUCAUAUCGUCGAAGAGCUGCACUGCUCAAUCCGUAAGCUUCCAACACGCGCGUUGGAGGUUUCGGCUGAAUAUGACGUGAGAUCUUGGGAGCACACGCUGGAGACAGCUUUCCCCGAGGUUGCUAAGCAUUCCUGGAGCAACCUUCGCGCGAUUCACUUCAAAUAUCCAAGGCCUGGAAACUUCAUGCUGUACGUCAGAUCUGCGCUGUGCAAGCUUAUUCGCGCUGCUUGCAGCGUCCAGGAGCUUGCGUUUCAAGCGGCAUUCGGACACUACUACUUCUGGGAGGGUGUCAGAUACGCCUUGACUGAACGCCACAAUUUAAAGGUGCUGAGAAUUCUCGGCGACAAAGUGGAGGAACUCCAUUUUAUUGAUCAUCGAGAGCUGCGGGCGAUACUUUCCCAGGUGAAUCAUUCUCUGGAGACACUGGUGCUUGAGGACAUCAUUGUCGCCAGUGACGCUGAUGAUUAUUGGAAGGAGACGUUAGACUGGCUCUCGAAUGCGCUCAGUCUAAGGUACCUUUCGUGUCAAAAUUUGCGGAACACCAGCUCAGUUCUAGCUCCGUCAUGGUUGCUCUUAGAUGGCAAGGGUAAUUCUCACUUCGAAGUGGAGGGAUCCAAGGAGGAGGUCAAAGAAAAACUGUCUACACUCGUAGCAGAAGCGGGACGCUGUCAGGAGCUUGAGAUCGAUUGUGAGGCUUGA